AUGGAUGUCUCAAUUAAUAAAACAAAAAAAGCGCAGAGAGGAGUAGAAGAGGAGGUAGAAGAAAUGGAGACGGCACCUUCUAGUCGUGGUCAUAGCCGAUCAAGCUCGAUCUCGUCAGUAACUGACGAGGCGAAAGCAUUCUGCCCGAGGACUCCAACAAAGAGGAGGAAGUUGGCAAUGAAGGAGCUACAAGUUAGCUUAGAAAGAAGCCCCAAGAGCCUAAGAAAGGAUGUAGUUCAACAGCGACAGUUGGAGAACUGUACGUUGGAAGAAGUUCGUAAAGAGAGGUGGGCAAAUUUAGAGGGAAAAUUGCAGGAGCAAAUUUUAGAAAAUGAGAAGCUUAAACUUACCCAACAGCAUGCUCCUAAAGUACCGUCGUAUGCGCAGAUGGCGAGCAGUCCCCGAUCGCAACUGCAGGGUCUGGUACCUGAAAAAGAAAAAAAGAUUAUUAAUAAAGAAACUUAUGAAGUUGUGAUUAUUAAACCUGAAAAAGAAGAGGAUAGUAGGAGUAAUGAAGAAUUGAAAACGCAGUUGACGAAUAAAUUGAAAGAUGUCCGUAAGCAGUUGAAAGUUAAGUCAGUGCGCCAAAUGCGAAGGAAGGGUUUAGUAAUGGAGAUCAAGGAUAAAAAGGAUGUGGAGUUAAUAAAAAGCACUAAAUUGGAAGAAAUCGGAUUGAAGCUGGAAAAACCUAAAAAGAUCUUGCCCUCGAUUAUUAUUUAUGAUGUUGAAAGGGAAAAUAAGGUUGAUGAGUUAAAGGAAGAGUUUAUAACUAAGAAUUUUGAUUGUAGUGAAAAAGACCUGGAAGAAUUACAAGAAAAAGUUUCUUUUCGGACCAAUUAUGUGAGACGUGUGGAAGUAAGGAUCUGUUACGCCACGCUCACGUGUUACACGAGGUAA